UAUAAUUCUAAGCAGGACGGUGAAAGAGACACAGAGCGGCUAUCUCUUUGCAAGAAUGGCGGACGAAGACUACGAAAUCGACACGUAUGAAGACGAGCCAGCAGAGCCUGAGGCUGAGGAAGGGGUAAUAGAGGAAGAGAACCCUGAAAACGCAGACAAUGAAGAAGUUCCUGAUGCUCUAUUAGUUGAUGGUGAGGACAAAGAAACAGAAGUAGCUGAAAAAGAUCGUAAAACAUCAAAAUACAUGACGAAAUACGAACGUGCCAGAAUUCUUGGUACUCGGGCAUUGCAAAUCAGCAUGAAUGCACCUGUGAUGGUUGAGUUGGAAGGAGAAACUGAUCCUCUUGAGAUUGCAAUGAAGGAACUUCGACAACGUAAGAUACCUUUCACGAUUCGUCGCUAUCUGCCUGAUGGAAGUUAUGAAGACUGGGGUGUUGAUGAGCUGAUCGUCGAAGACUCGUGGAAGAGGCAAGUUGGUGGCGAUUAAAUUGAAGCUUUUGAGUCUCCAAUUUUUUUUAGUAAUGUUACCAUAUUUUUAGCUACUAUUUUGGUCUUAACUUCUCAGCAAGUUUUGAAAAGUGAAAUGCAUAUUUUUUUAGGUAUCAAUUCAUUAAUUAUUUA